CCAAGUGCGUCAAGCCGUGCGCUACAAUGCAAGUAAUAUAUGAAAUAGCAGGCAGGCGCGUAAAGUCGUGCGUCUACAUGAGCAGAGGUUUCGAGUAAUCUGAACUCUUCAUCAGAUGCAAUUUUGAAAGUAGGUUACAAAACCCCUCAAGCAAUAAGGAUCUUGUGAUUCUUGUCCAAAAUACUCAAUCAUAAAAACACGCCCUUUCCUCCGGCUGUCUGGAGACGUGGCGCAGGUGAUGGAAGGUAUGCCGGUGAGCAUGGGCGGCUUGCGGACGCUGCCGUGGUACGUGGCGGGCUCUCAGGUGCUGGGGGUGGCAUGUGUGGUGAUCACAGGCGUGUGGAUGGGACAUUACCGUGGAGGCUACGCCUGGAACGGCUCAGCGCAAGAGUUUAACGUCCACCCUCUCUGUAUGGUCCUCGGCCUGGUCUUCCUCUAUGGAGAUGCUGUUCUGGUUUAUCGUGUCUUUAGAAACGAGACUAAACGCUCAGUGAAAAUUCUCCACGCUCUGCUGCAUAUGAUGGCUCUUAUCAUCAGUAUUGUGGGUCUGGUGGCUGUAUUUGACUUCCAUUCGGCAGCUAAGAUCCCUCAUAUGUAUUCUCUGCACAGCUGGUGUGGCAUGCUCACUUUUGUGCUGUUUUUCCUACAGUGGUUACUGGGUCUGGGAUUUUUCCUUUUCCCAUGGGCCUCUGCUCGGUUGAGGAGCUGGUAUCUCCCUCUGCAUGUCUUCUUCGGCCUGUUGCUGCUGGCCAUGUCCGUGGGAUCCUGUCUGCUGGGAAUCACAGAGAAACUGCUCUUCAGUAUCAUGGAAACGUAUUCCAGGUUUUCUGGUGAGGGGGUCCUGGCAAACAUUUUAGGCUUGUUGCUGGUGUGCUUUGGGGUCGUGGUGGGUUACGUGGUGACAAGAGAAGAUUUUAGGCGACCACCGAAUCCCGAGGAGGAGGCUCUAUCCGUGCACUUUAAGACGCUAUCCGAAGGAGAAAUCCCAAGUUCUCCUUAAUGUCUUAAUACACUCCAAAACCUGCCUUUCUGAACUUCCCGCCUUUUUGCCUUCCUACCUGUGUCCUAGCAAACCUGUCAGCCACUUCCUCCUUUUGCAGUCUUCUCUUUUUGUAUUCCCCCAUCUGUAACAUUAAAGUUACUCAGCAACAGACAUCAAGAAGUUAUGACAGGAUUAAGUUGUAGGCUUGUAUGGUUCAGAAAAAAAAUGUUACUGUUAUUAUUGGAGUAAUUGAAUGUUAUAUAUAUUUAUUAAAUUUAUUGUUUGAGGCUUAGGAUUUAUUUUUGAAGUAAUUUGUAAUUGUGCCAAGCCAAAUUAAAAAAUUGAGUUGUAUAUAUAUCGUGUCUUUAAAUGUAUUAGAUUCAGGAUGUACUUUCUUGUGCCUUAACAUUUAUUUGUACCAGACUGUACUGAAAAACUCUACAAUGAUUAUUAUUAUUAUUGUUGUUUAGAAUCAGAGGGCACAGCACUAAAUCAGCGAAUGUUUAUUUUGCAACUUUCCCAUGCAGGAUUUUCAACAUUAGUUUUAUAUUACAGACUAAACUUAUCAUUAUAUGCAGAAACCUGCUUUAUGUCAUAUUUAUAUGAAAAUAUAUUACAGCUCUGCCUGCAUAAAUGACUGAAAAAUACUUGAAAAAAUGUUGGAUUGUUAAGAGUGAAAUCUCUAAUAUUCAAGAUCUGAAAAAACAACUAAUUUAUAUUAUUUAAAUAAAAAAAAAUAAAAAAUCAUAUUUGUUAUCCAAAGAGAGCAGUUUAAGAAUGAAAGUCUUUUGCAUAGUGUGGUGCUUGUCUUGCUGUUUCCCGUGUGCUGGUUUUUAAAAUCAGCUUGAAGUGGAGCGAUACUGACUGUUUUAUACUAAACACAUUCUGUCUUUCCAUCUGAAAGAGUAUGUAUAAAUGAUCUGUAAGUGCCCUUGUACUGUAAUUUUUUGUUGGCAUGUUUGUUUUGUGUAGUGGCAAUAUUUUUACCAUGUUUACCAUAUCAGUAAGUAUGUUCAUAAUGCUUGCUUUAUACAUUCAAUGUGAUUUUAAGCUAAAUAAAUUCA